ACUUUAAAGCGGGUAAAAAGAGUAAAUUAACUAAAGCUAUUUGGUUUGUAAACGUAUCGAGUCAAAUAUUUUAAUGCUCAAACUCAACUCGAUAUAUAAUUAUAACUCGAGUAGCUCUAACUCGAUAUUAAUCGAAUCAUUUUCAAGUCAAUUCUGAAAAGUUCGCGAGUUCGCUCGACUCAGUCGCUCAGCUACACCCUUAGUUUCAACGUUUUCUUGCUAUUAAUCAAAUCCUUUUCUCACUGAUCAAAUCCCCAUUUUUUUUCUUGCGCCUGCACAUGGCUUCUACAGUUGAAAAUUCAUUUCCUUCUUCUCCAGUUCAUUACCAUGUUUUCUUGAGCUUCACGAAAGAAGAAACCCGUAAAUCUUUCGCAACACGUCUCUUCAAAGAUCUGGAACGCAAAGGACUCAUCUGCUUCAAAGAUAAUCGAAAAUCUGACAUAGCGAAAUCAAUUCCAUCCGAGUUUUUGACAGCCAUUGAAUGUUCAACAUUUGCAGUUGUUAUCAUAUCAGAGAAUUACGUUUCUUCAAGCUGGUGUUUGGAUGAGCUUGUGAAGAUCAUCGAAUGUAAGGAAUUAAAGGGUCAAUCUGUUUUUCCAAUUUUCUUUAAUGUGGAUCCAUUACAGGUCAAAGAUCAAACUGGUUUCAUUGCAGAAGCAUUUGCUGAGUAUGAAAAUGAUUGUUCCGUGUUGGACAAGGUACCGAAAUGGAGAGAAGCACUCACUAGAUUGGCCUUUGAGGGCUGGAAUUCUAGAGACUGGCCUGAUGAUCACAAGCUAACUGAGGAUGUCUCUAACGCCAUUUUGAAGAAAUGGAAUCAAAAAUCCUCAAUUAAUUCUAAUGGACUAGUCGGAAUUGAUUAUCGCGUUCAUCAAAUUCAAUCGUUACUAGAUUUGAAGUCCACCAAUGUUCUGUUUUUAGGAAUUUGGGGUAUGGGUGGUAUUGGUAAGACUACCACUGCCAGAUUUUUGUUUAAUCAAAUCUCAAAUGACUUUGAUGCUGCUUAUUUUGUUGCAAAUGUCAGAGAACAAUCAGAGAAACGUACUGUUGUUCGCUUACGAAAUGAAAUUAUUUCAAACAUUUUAGAAGAUGAGAAUUUACAAUUAGGAAUGCAUAGUGUACUGCCAAGAUUCAUUUUGAAUCGACUGCGACGAAAAAGAGUUCUCAUUGUUCUUGAUGAUGUUAGUAGUGAAGAACAACUGCCAAUUUUAUCUGAGAAUCAUAAUUGGUUUGGUUCAGGGAGUAGAGUAAUUAUAACAAGCAGAGAUAAACAAGUUCUUGUCAAUACAGCCGACGAAAUUUACGAAGUUCAAGGACUAAAUUACUAUGAAGCUCUUCAGCUUUUUAGCCUCAAAGUUUUCAGAAAAAAUCAUCCUACUGAAGAUUAUAUAGAGUUGUCAAAAAGAGUUGUGAAUUCUACUAAAGGUGUUCCUUUAGCUCUCAAUGUUUUGGGUUCUUUCUUGUCUAACAAGCAAUCAGAAGAAUGGACAAGAACAUUAGAGAAACUAGAAGAAUCUUCUAAUUUGGAAAUUCAGCAAGUUUUGAGAAUAAGUUAUGAUGAACUGGAUUGGGUUGAUAAGGAUAUAUUUCUUGACAUAGCUUGUUUCUUUAAAGGAUCUGAUGUGGAUUCUGUUACAAGUAUUCUUAAUGCUUGUGAUUUUUUUCCAAGCACAGGAAUAAGUCGGCUUGUCGAUAAGAGUCUGAUAGCUAUAGUCGAUAACAAGUUGGAUAUGCAUGAUUUGUUUCAAGAAAUGGGUCGUGAUAUUGUUCGGCAAGAAUCUGGUGAAAAUCCUGGCAAAAAUUCCAGAUUGUGGACAGCUGAAAGUAUCCAUCAUGUCUUGACAGAGAAUAAGGGGACCAUUGCUACUGAAGGCAUAUUCUUGGACAUUUCCGAAAUUGAAAAAAUAAACCUAAGUCCUAUAGCCUUUUCAAGAAUGUACAAUUUGAGGUUGCUCAAAUUCUAUCAUAACAGCUACUUGUCAUGGAAAAAUCCUACUGGCUUUAUAUCGCAACCGACUGCAGACUCAUGUGAUGGUCUUAAAUCUCUUCCUAAUAAGCUAUGUUUUCUCCAUUGGCACGGAUAUCCUUGGAAAUCAUUGCCAUCUAAUUUUUUGAUGGAGAAUCUCGUCGAACUUAACAUGCCGUUUAGUCAAGUUAAAGAACUCUGGAAUGGACUCAAGAAUCUUCAGAAGUUAAAGCUGCUUGAUCUUCACAACUCGGAAUACCUGACAAGUCUUCCAGAUCUUUCUUCAGCUUUGAACCUGGAAAAGAUAAUUCUUGAUAACUGCACAAGUUUGGUUGAGGUUUCAUCUUCGAUUCAAUGCCUCAACAGGCUUAUUUAUCUGAGUCUAUCUAAUUGCAAAAUGCUGCAGAGUCUUCCAAGCCUGAGUAAUUUAAAAUCUCUUAGGACCCUUAAUCUUUCAACCUGCUCAAGUCUGAAGAAGUUUCCUGAAGUUUCAGAGGAUAUAGAAGAACUGCGUUUAGAUGGGACAGGAUUGGAAGAGUGGCCCACCUCUAUUCCAUUGCUUGACAAGCUUACAUUCUUAUCUACUGAUCAUUGUGAAGAUCUUAAGACUCUUCCAAGCAUGAUUCAUUUGAAUUCUCUGGAUAAUCUCGAUCUCUCUUGGUGCUCGAAUCUCGAAUAUUUUCCAGACAUUGUGGGGAAGAAUAUCAAGUACUUGAAUGUAGGACACACUGCAAUAGAAGAAUUGCCAUCUUCACUAGGGUCACUCAGUUCCCUUGUCAAAUUGAACCUGAAAGAAACAAAUAUAACAAAAUUGCCUUCAACAAUUGGAAAUCUGUCUUCACUUAUUGAGUUGAAUCUCAAAGAGUGUCCAAUAAAUGAACUGCCAGCAUCAAUUGGGCGUCUUUCUUCACUGGUGAAACUGAAUUUGGCAGUUUCAGGUAUUGAAGAGCUGCCCUCGUCGUUCGGAGAACUCUCUUCUCUUGUUGAACUAAAUCUUGAGAAAAGUUCAUUAACAGCACUGCCUCCAUCAAUUGGAUGCCUAACUUCGCUUGUUAAGUUGAAUCUGGCAGUUACAGAAAUAACAGAAUUACCUGAAUCAAUUGGAGGUCUCUCUUCUCUUAUUGAAUUGAAUUUGAGUCAAUGUCCUAAUCUGAAGAGUCUUCCAAGCAGCAUUGGUGAGCUGAAAUGCCUCGAAAAGCUUUAUGUUUGCGGUAUCAGAAAACUUAGGAGUAUUCCAAGCAGCAUUAGUAAUCUGAAACUCCUGCAAGAUCUUUAUCUUAAUCACUGCACAAAACUCAGCAAAUUGCCCUCUUUAUCUGGUUUUGGCUCGUUAAGAGAUCUCGUCCUGAGCUACACAGGAAUAGUGAAACUGCCACGAAGCCUAGGCGAGCUAUCAUAUUUGCAGGUUCUACUUCUGAAGGGAAACAAUUUCAUCAGAAUACCUGCAAGUAUUAAACAUCUUUCAUGGUUGGAAGUCAUUGAUGUCUCCUACUGCAAGAGACUCAAGGCCUUACCGGAGCUUCCUCAACGUAUAAGAAUUAUAGUAGCACUUAAUUGUAUAUCUCUGAAGACAGUUUCGAAUCCAUUCAUUCAAUUUCAAGAAUCACAAGAACAUUCUCCUGAUGACAAAUAUGGAUUCACAUUUGCUAAUUGUGUGAGCUUGGAGAAAAAUGCGCGUAACUACAUCGUCGAAAAUGUACAGCUCAAAAUCAACCAUUUAGCAACUGCAUUACUUGAACUUUUCACUAGUGAUGAAGAAAUUCUGGUUUCGCCGGUUGUUUGUUUCCCAGGAAUUGAAAUUCCUCAAUGGUUCUGUUAUCAAACGACAGGGGAUUCAAUAACCACUCUGUUGCCUCCAAAUUGGUAUGACAACAGAAUAGUGGGGUUCACAUUUUGUGCUGUAAUAGAACUGGAGAAUCAUCAGUAUCAAGAUGGUUUCACUUUUCAAUGCAAUUGUGACAUUGAAGAUGAAUAUGGUGGCAAACUUGCAUUCACCUCCAAGGAGAUAGGAGAAUGGGGGAACGAGUUCAAGUUUGAGUCGGAUCAUGUUUUCAUUUGGAACACGAGCUGUAUUGAUAUUUUUGAAGACGAAAGGUACGAGAUGCUCAAGAAGAACUCUUGCACUGCCAGAUUCGAGUUCAAAUCGUACACUCAGGACGAGUAUAAGGUAUUACUGCCUGGUUCAAACAGCUUCAGAGUGAAAAAUUGCGGGUUUAAUCCAGUCUAUGCAAAAGAUAAGAAGAAGCAACUGGAUCAAAUAGAUCAAGCCAGCAGUUCUUAUGAUCCAAUGCAGAUUUGUCCAAAAGAUCUGGAAUUUGGAGAACAAGUAACGGAUUUUCAUACUAACAAGAAAAUGAGGAGUGAAGACUACUGUUAUAAUCAGAUCAAGAAUUAGCAGAAUGAACAAGUGAAACUUUAAACAUUAAAAAUCACAAAAAAUACUGAUGUUUAGAUCAAAACCAUAGCAAUCAAAUACUUUUCAUUGUACUAAACAUAAUUCUAUGAAAAUCUCUAAAGAAAAAUCAACAAUUA